CCAGCCUUCACGGAAGUCAGCACUGUGCGCUGGUGAUGGUGAUGGUGGCGGCCUCGUCAGCCUAGCAGCUAGCAGCAGGAAGAGGAUGUUUGCGUCCAGUGAAAUAACAAUAUCACCUGAUUAUAAGCGCUUAUAACAGAGCAAACAAGACAUCGAGUCUUUCCACUGAGUCUUCUGGGGACUUAAACCUCUCACCCCCCUCACCUGGACCCGGACCCGGACCCGGUCUCUGUGAGUCUGGAUCUAUAAAAGAUGUCCCUGUUCCAGUCGGCACUGGAUUUCCUAGCCGGGCCCGGCUCGUCCGGAGGCGCCGGCCGGGACCAGAAUGACUUCGUCGGACAAGUCGUUGAGCUCGGUGACAUGAAGCUGCGGAUCAAGAGGGUGAUUGCGGAAGGUGGAUUUGCCUUUGUGUAUGAAGCCCAGGAUAUGAGUAGUGGUAAAGACUAUGCCCUAAAGAGGCUGCUGUCCAACGAGGAAGAGAAGAACAAGGAAAUCAUACAGGAAGUGUGCUUCAUGAAAAAGCUGUCGGGUCAUCCCAACAUGGUUCAGUUCUGCUCUGCUGCCUCCAUCAGUAAGGAGGAGUCGGACACCGGACAGGCCGAGUUCCUGAUCCUCACAGAGUUGUGUAAAGGUCAGCUGGUGGACUUUAUAAAGCGGGUGGAGCAGAGGGCUCUCCUGUCAUGUGACACUGUGCUGAAAAUCUUCUACCAGUCGUGCCGCGCCGUGCAGCACAUGCACAAACAGAAGCCUCCGAUCACACACAGAGACCUCAAGAUUGAGAACCUCUUGAUUAGUAACCAGGGCACCAUCAAGCUCUGUGACUUUGGCAGCGCCACCACAGUGUCACAUUACCCCGACUACAGCUGGUCGGCUCAGAAGAGGUCCAUGGUGGAGGACGAGAUCACAAGAAACACCACUCCAGCGUACCGAACGCCAGAGAUGAUCGAUCUCUACUCCAACUUCCCCAUCAAUGAGAAACAGGACAUCUGGGCUCUGGGAUGCAUCCUCUACCUGUUGUGUUUUAAGCAGCACCCAUUUGAGGAGGGAGCAAAGCUGCAAAUCGUCAACGGGAAAUACUCCAUUCCUCAGAACGACGUCAAGUACACUGUGUAUCACAACCUCAUACGUUCCAUGCUGAAGGUGAACCCAGAGGAGCGUCUGUCUAUUACAGAGCUGGUCAACCAGCUCCAGGAGAUAGCAGCAGCACGCAACGUCAACCCCAAGUCUCCCAUUACAGAGCUGCUGGAGCAGAACGGAGGUUUUGGCAACAACGGAGCCCAGCCACCCAUGCAGAUCCAAAACGUCCAAAACAAUGCAGGAAUAUACGAUCCUGACCAGUCAGGCAGCGGCAUCUUGGAUAUCUUGAGGGGAGGAACAGAGCGCUUCCUCACCAACAUAAAGGACACUUCCUCUAAGGUCAUCCAGUCAGUAGCCAGCAACCCAAGCUACGCCAAAGGGGACCUAGAUAUUUCAUACAUCACCUCCAGAAUAGCAGUCAUGUCCUUCCCAGCAGAGGGGGUGGAGUCAGCGAUAAAGAACAACAUUGAGGACGUCCGUCUGUUCCUGGAUUCACGUCAUGCUGGCCACUACGCCGUCUACAACCUCUCCAAACGAUCAUACAGGCCUUCUCGGUUCCACAACAGGGUUUCAGAGUGUAACUGGCAGGUUCGCCGUGCCCCCAACCUCCGCAGUCUCUAUAGUGUGUGUAAGAACAUGCAUCUAUGGCUCAAACAAGACCAGAGGAACAUCUGUAUAGUACACUGUCUGGACGGCAGGGCAGCAUCAGCGGUGGCAGUUUGCUCCUUCCUGUGUUUCUGUCGCCUUUUCACCACAGCUGAGGCUGCUGUCUACAUGUUCUCAAUGAAACGCUGCCCGCCAGGCAUAGCACCCUCACACAAGAGGUAUAUGGAGUAUAUGUGCGACAUGAUGGCAGAGGAGCCCAUCGUCCCCCACAGCAAGCCCAUAGUAAUUCACUCCAUCAUCAUGACACCCGUGCCGCUGUUCAACAAGCAGCGUAACGGGUGCCGGCCGUUCUGCGAAGUCUAUGUUGGAGACGAGAGAGUCCUCACCACAUCACAGGAGUACGACAAGAUGAAGGAUUUUAAGAUGGAGGAUGGGAGAGCAGAGAUUCCCCUCAAUGUGACAGUCCAAGGAGAUGUACUGGUGGUGAUCUACCAUGCUAGAUCUACACUGGGAGGACGUCUACAGGCCAAGAUGGCAUCCAUGAAGAUGUUUCAGAUCCAGUUCCACACAGGCUUUGUCCCCAGAAAUGCGACCACUGUCAAGUUUAACAAGUAUGACUUGGAUGCCUGUGACAUCCAGGAGAAGUACCCUGACUUGUUCCAGGUCAACUUAGACAUCGAGGUGGAACCCAGAGACAGACCCAGCACCAAGACCCCUCCUUGGGAGGGCUUUCAAACCAAGGGCCUCAACCCCAAAAUCCUUUUCUCCUCUCGUGAUGAGCAGCAGGAGAUCCUCAGCAAAUUUGGUAAACCCGAGCUGCCUCGUCAGCCAGGUUCCUCAGCGUUUUAUGACUCCGAGUCGCCCCAGCCGGCUCAGACCCCGGAAGGCCCCAAUGCAACAGAACAAGAAUCUCCUGUGAGCACCGACAGCAACGCCAACAACUUCUUCCAGACACUGGAUUGGGAAGAUGUGGGUGGCCAUCAGGAUGCCUCGGACAGUCAGGGAGGGGGAUCCAUAAAUGACCAGGAGGACCUGAGUGAUCAGUCAGAAGGGGAGUCCUACUCUUAUUCUGCUCCCGGUGGGGAGCCGCUGUCACGUGACCCCAGCGAACCGCUGUUCGAUGCUGACUUCCAGAGCUCCACACCUGCAGCCGAGGAAUCUCCUGUCGGUGACACAGCCGACCUCUUGGGGUUGAACUCCGACCCUUCGAUGUCCUCCGCUCCUCACCAAGGAGUCCAGGGAGGACUGAAAGCUGCGUCCAGCAACAGCGACCUCCUUAACGACCUGUUUGCACCUCCUGCUGGUCAGACUGGAGCAGUGCAGGAAGACUUGUUCUUCAGUGGGCCAGUCAGUGGGGCCACAACGGACUCAAAAUCCACGGGCGACCUGUUCGAUCCGUUUGGGAUGGGGUCUGGCUCUGGUGUUGGCUCUACUGUGGGUUCGUCUCGGCAGGCCUCUGGACCGGACCUGUUUGGAGAUUUGUUGAGUUCUGAAAGUUCAGCUCCCAGUAACCCCACUCCUGCUUCAAACACAAGCCUCUUCAACCUCAAUAAGCUAGUGAAUGAUGCCCCUAAGAUGACAUCAUCAGCCAGCCAACCAGACCUGCUGGGCGGAUGGGACAGCUGGACAGCUGGCACCACCGCUAGCAUGAGCGCCACCGUCAGCAAACCCAGCAAAAGCAGCACAGCUUCUGGUGCGACAUCCAUGUCGAAGGCCAAGUCUCAGACCUUUGAUCCGUUUGCCGACCUCGGAAACCUGGGAUCCAAUUUAGCAGGUUCCUCCAGCAGUAAGGGGCCUUCUUUUAGCGCAAAGGCUUCUUCCUCCUCCUCUUCCUCCUCUGCUAAGCCUCAAGCCCAGCCAUGGCAGUCUGGGAGACCCGCCUCAGCCCAGAGCAAACCUUGGAUGUCCGGAUCAGGACCUGGGUCCGUACCCAAAACACCCUCUGCAGGCACACAGUCCACCAAACCCAACUACAACCUCAACUUCACUAGUGUCAUCGGAGGGAGAGAGGAAAGAGGAGCCCGUGGGCCUGGAUUCGGGCCCAAGCCGAAAGUAAAGCAGGAUGAUUUUGAGGACCUGCUGUCAACUCAGGGUUUUGCCUCCAGACCUGAUAGGAGGGGACCAAGGACCAUUGCUGAAAUGAGGAGACAGGAGAUCACAAAAGACAUUGAUCCACUUAAAUUACAGAUCUUGGACUGGAUUGAGGGGAAGGAGCGAAACAUCCGAGCGCUGCUGUCAACUCUAAACACUGUGCUGUGGGAGGGUGAGACCCGCUGGAGGCCGGUGGGCAUGGCUGACUUGGUGACACCUGACCAGGUGAAGAAGUACUACAGGAAGGCUGUGCUGAUUGUCCAUCCAGAUAAGGCAACAGGCCAGCCGUAUGAAGAUUACGCUAGGAUGAUCUUCAUGGAGUUGAACGACGCCUGGUCAGAGUUCGAGAACCAGGGAUCCAAAGCACUCUUCUAAAACCCUGGUCUGGAUCCCAGCUAGACCAGACCAGACCAGACUGGACUGGAUUCGGCCUAACCAACACAAGGGUUAGACUGGGCCAGAUUGGACAGGACUGAGCCCACAUUGGGCCUUAGGGGGCGCGGAGCCUCUGAGAGGUGUCCUCUCUACCAUUCCCUUCACUCCCUUCUUCCUUCUUUACUUUCUUCUGUUUUUACGGUCAAAGGAAAAAAAAGACCUUUUGCCUGUUAGGGAGAACUUCCUCACUGGUUCGGUAAAAUAAACAUUGUGAUGGUUCCUUAAACUCACUGCCUACCUGUACGACUGCCUGAGUGGUGCUGCAAACAUCUGGAGGGAAGAAUGGGUGACAAUCACAUGGAGAAGACGAGAUGGAAAAGAAGUCAGAUGAUACAAGCUGAUUAUCGUGACGGUGGUAGUCAGAUAAAAAAAAAUUGUAAUGACCCCACACUAAUGAAAUGCUGGUUGUAGCUGGUAAGUUUGUCAUUUGUGCAAACAGCCAGUCAUUUUGCUGACUGGUGAAAAAAAACAAAAAACAUGGCUGUACAUUUUUUCAGCAUGCCAGCCUACAUGGAAGUGUUGUUUUUAAGCUUUGUUGCCUCAAAAAAAUAGCGAAUGUUGCUGAUGAAUCUUGGAAAAAGCAACCAAUGGACAAAAAAAAAAACUUCUAUCCUGCCUCUAAUGCAGAAGCAGGAUUCAAAUCUCCCCAGGAAACAAGAUAGAUCCGUUGAUAAUUCCCAUUAAUACUUUGAAGUGCUACUGCUGCAUCCUUUGUGGGGGUCAACAGUUGGUCGGGUUUGUUGUUGAGCCAUUUCCUCUCCAGAAAGAAAGACUAUUGCCUGCUGAACACUACGAGUGCUGCUUCUACCAUUACAGUUCCUGCUACACACACACACACACACACACACACACACACACACACACACACACACUCCUCAGAUUGAUGUUAAAACCUGCAUCCUGAUCUUCUGACAAAGGAGCUGAACUUGUUUUGGAGCCCCAUAUAAUCCUGAGCGGGCAGUCUGUUGUUUUUGAAGUGCUCUUUUAAUUCCACCCACUCAGGCUAUACUGUGUAGCUAACUGCAUGCUCUCUCACACCAAACCUCUACACAACAGGAGGGUGGGUGUGUUUGAUUUCAAACCAGGGUAGUCCAAACGGGCGAGGGGGCUCUUUUUAUUGAAGUGCUCUUUUUCUUGUAGCAGAAACAGAGAAGAGCCUGAGCGGCAGGACGACAUGCCUUCAGCGCUCACGCUGCUCGUUGCUUCUGAGCAUCUCCGUCAUCACCGUCGUUAUUAACCCCGUCUCUUUGUCUCUGUAAGACCCCACCCACCUCCAGCGCCGAAUUCAGUGGACAUUUGUUUGUCAGUGCAUAGGAGGAGAUCACAAAGUGAAGGGAUGAAAAGAGAAUAUGGUGAUUUAAUCUGGUUGCUUUUAGUUUGACUCUUUCUCGUAUUUUUGGGGUUCAUUCUGAGCUUUUGUCAGUAAAUCAUCACAUCAGUGUAAAUAUAAAAAUAUCAUCCAUCAAGUGGCUUUGUUAAGAUUACAGCCUGGGCGGUUGAUGCGUUAUUGAGCUUGACUGUGUGAACGAUUGUGUGUGUGUCAGUAUGCGUGUGUAGAAGAUAAUGAAACCUUGUUGGACAUCAUGCUUUCAUGUCUGCAAUCACAAUCUUUUCUUUCUUAAUUUAAUUUUGUUCAGCCUCUCCCACACUUCAAAACAAAUCUUUCCAACUUUUGCAUUUCCCCCCUUUUAUUUUACAUUUUACCUCAUGGACCAAUCAAAUCACCUGUUUUCUUAUUUAUUAUUAUGUUUUUUGGGGGGGAGGGUUGGGGGUUAUAAUGACAUGUAUUCAUGCAUAUUGAUGGCACAAGUGAACAUUUUUCAGAUAAUAUAUAAGUGGAAUGUGCUGAGAGCAAGUGGGACCGUUGUUGGUUGAUCACAGUGAGCCUCUUUGUUGCUGUUUUCAUUCCAAAGCAUCUCUUAUUAAUACGAAUGUGCUUUUACAAAUAUAUAUCCUCUCUGUUGUUAAGAUGUAUGUGUUUAUCAUUUGUCCCCUUCAGUCUGUCUUUUUGUUGCGUUACCUUUUUUGUUUUUUGUUUUCCUCUCGCUUCUGUUUUGCAUUUUGUUAAAAUUCCAACACGAGGGGCCAGUAAACCUAAGUAAGAAAAAAAAUACAACUGAUGCUUGAGAUUCAGUUGAAAUUCUCUUUGACAGUACCAUCAUAGUAUAAAGAGGGAGGAUUGCAAAACCACACAUCGGCAGUGUUUACUGUACCAAAUUACAUCAUACUAAUAUGAAUGUAUGUUUCAAUGCAAAAACAAAUAAUUAAAAAACCUUUUGAUUUGAGGCAAAUA